AUGGAGCUUCCAAUAACCGCCAAAGCAGGGCAACAACAGCGGCAGCUCGAUCGCUUCUGCCGCCAAUAUAUACAAGUCACCCUUGAGCUCGACUAUCCAGCCGAGGAAUAUCUCAGACUUGAUGCGAUCCAGCAAUCUAUCUUCAGGAGAUGUUUCUCAGAAGAUGUCGAAUAUACUCCUCCUCCUCGAUACAAGCUCCGUGUCUUGAAAGAGCUGGUGAAGAGGAUUGAGACCAGUAUCCAGGACUGGGACGAAGAGGCUAUAUCCGAUGAUCUCAUGAACUGUCUUACGCCUUUGCUCUCCAUGUCAAUGCCAAAUGAAGCAACAGCCGCUCAACAGAAAUCUCAUGUCACGUAUACCCUUUCUCUCCUCCCUCGCCAACAAGACAUUUCGCCAUCAAUCACUCUCCACGAGGCACGGAAUAUGCUCGCAGCAGCCGGAACAACAGGACUCCGAACUUGGGAGGCUGGUCUGCACCUGGGAAACUACUUGUGCACCAACCCGCAUCUUGUUCGCGGGAAAUCCAUCUUGGAACUUGGCUCAGGAACGGGCUUCCUCUCCAUCCUCUGUGCAAAGUAUCUAAAGCCGUCUCAUGUCCUCGCAACAGACGGAGACGACGACGUCGUAGCGAGCUUCUCCACGAACUUUUACCUCAACGGCCUUCAAGACUCCUCGGACCUCAAUGGCAGAGCGCUCAAGUGGGGACAUCCUGUCACAGGCGGCGAAGAUCCCCACUGGGAUCCCGAAAGACCCGUUGAUCUCGUUCUUGGGGCAGACCUUACAUACGACCCUAGGAAUAUCCCACCCUUAGUAUCCACGUUCCGAGAUCUUUUCGCACUGUACCCCGAUGCCAAAAUUCUCAUAGCGGCGACCGUCCGAAGCCAGGAGACGUUUGCAAAGUUCCCCGAGGCUUGUAGGAAGAACGACUUCGGCUUCGAAGACAUUGAAUUUGGUAUGCUGAAGAGCGAGGACCAGGAGGGGCCGUUUUACUCGGAUCUAGCGCAUGUACAGCUGUGUGUCAUUACGAGGACAUAG